CCUUGGCACUUGCCACUUGCCACGACUCUCUUGCACAAGCAUAAUCCACAGCAAUAUGCUGACAACAGGCGUGCCAACACCUUUCUCGAUUCUCUUGAGCAGCGACCUCCUGCCUUGUAUGUUAGCCUACCAAUGUGGCAUUCCGCACAAGUUGCUGCGGAUUGUGGCUGCUGCCCGCGUCCUGCAGUCUGCCAACUGCCCCGCACCAACAGCUCGCACUGCUGCCGCCUUCACUCGCCACGAAUGGUUUCAAACCCACGGAGUAACCGGGCUUCGUCAACUCUACAAUGCCUCUCCAGACAUCGCUGCGGGCGGCACGUUCCUUGAAUAUGCCAGCUCGAUCGGCAACGUCGCCGCCGUGCGCUACCUGCUGGAGACUCACCACCUGAUCGGCCAUGGUCCGGCUGUCUUGCAAGCCACUCUGCAUGGCCACUUGGACGUCCUGCGAGCGUUCCACGAUGUUAACACGCCCGAUGGCUUCACAUCGUACGUGUUAACCCUCGCAGCCGCGCACGGCCACGGGCACCUCGUGUCGUUUAUUCAUCAUCAUCGUCCGGCACUCGGAUGCCCCAAACUGGCCAUGGAUAACGCGGCGAAGCAUGGACAUUUGGACAUUGUAACAUUUCUUCACCACCACCGCCACGAAGGGUGCACGACGUCCGCGAUGGACGGUGCGGCCGAGAACGGAUAUUUGGAAGUGGUGAAGUUCUUGCACGCCCAUCGAUCCGAAGGAUGCACGAAGCGAGCGAUGGACGCCGCUGUGGCGGGUGGCCACAUGGAUAUCGUUCGAUUUUUGCAUGAGAAUCGCAGGGAAGGGUGUCAUGCCUCGGCGAUGGACGCCGCCGCCGAGCGCGGAGACUUCGUUAUGCUGCAGUUCCUGCAUUGGCAGCGUACGGAGGGAUGCACUGUCCGCGCGUUGACUCUCGCGGCCGCACGUGGAUAUCUGAAGAUUGUUGACUUUCUCCUCAUGUUUCGAACCGAAGGAUGCCUGAAGGAGGCCACGGCUGCGGCGGCGGCAGCUGGACACGAAGACGUGGUGCGAUGCAUUAUAAACCACAACGUUCACAAGUGUGUACAUUUGUGCGAGUGCCCCGUGGAGUGGCCAAACAGAAGACUUUUGUACAUUGGAAUCGAGGAAGCCAAGGCGCAUGGCCAUUGGGCACUGUACAAGCAGCUCAAGAAGAAACGAAAGUGGAAUGACCGCCGGCCCAAGUGGUCUCAAGCGAUGGCCAGGGCGUGGCAUGAGCGACAGUCGCAGGGCUCGCUACUCCUCCAAGCCACCGUCUUCUUCGUUGGGAACUCGAAGGGAAGAAGCGUAAUCCCAUUCCAGAAAGCAGCCCUAUAAUGACAACAAGACCUGACCCCACACCAUCGUCGUCGAUCUGGCGACAUUACUAUAUCC